AUGGGCUGUGCACCUUCAAAAGGUAACAAUUUUGGGACUUUGGGUCCGUUGAGGAAAGGUCGAAUGCUGCCUCCUCCACCUUUACAGAAUCCCAGAGAAAGACUAACUGAAGAGGGAAGUAGCUGCAAUUUUCCAGGGUCAGCAGAAUGGGAUACAAAGGAAAGAAAGACCACUGGACAAAAUCAGGAUUGCCAAAAGGAUGUCCACUUCCUACCACAGAAGAGGUCUGUGCCUGACCUGACCCCUGAAGCAGUGAACAUGGAUAUAGUGAAGAUUCAAGGACUGGAAAAUGACACCGUGACCCAGAAGAAAGAGAAGACAGGAGAGAGGCCAGUUGGAGCUGACAAAAAGUUAAGUAAAAAGACGAAGAAAAACAGAAGUGCAAAGACAUUAAAAAAGAAAGAGACGGAAACAGACAAAUGCCACAGUGAGCAAAAAGUGGAUUUUCCAGAACCUUUGGUGAGAGCUCACCAAGGGGCAUAUGCCUUUUUAAAUCCAAGUAUAGUCAAAUACGACAGUUUAAUUGAAUUGUUGGAACAAGCUACACAAACUCAGGUCCUCGUGCAGCCUAUGGUGUCCUUUAUGGCCUUACGAUAUGAGGAAAUCAUUCAGGGAUUAGAAGAAAUGGCAGAAGAGGGUGAAAAAGUGUUCAAAGAAUAUGGGGAACAUUUGGCCUGGCCCAGCCAAAUGAAGAACCUCUCAUCUGCGAAGUGCACUGCUGAUGGGGAGUCCCCUCCAGACCUGCUGCAGCAGCUGCUUCAAUACACCACUCAGAGAAUGCGCAAUGUGAGCCACAGUGUGGGUCGGCUGGGGGACUCUGCCUUAGAAGAAGCAGUGGAGUACUUUGCGUCAGUCUCUGAGCUGUUAGAGGAGAAACUCAAAGCCAAACAUGUGGCUGAGACAAGGUUAAUGCACCUUUUGUGUCGCAUUGAAAUGGCCUCUGUGCGGAAGCCUGGGCCUGAGGACUCGGCUCUGUUUAGUGAGGACAGUGGUAUCGGAGGAGAGAGUGAAUCUACUGCUGGAUCUGAUAAGCAGCACAGGCCAGAAAGUUGUGGGUCCACUGGGACAAACAGGACAAUGUCUGCCAGUCCAAUGAGAUAUAACGCUUUUCCCAGGAGAUCUUCAAGACAAAUGUUUACAAAUCAGAUAAGUCCAAGUGUUUCUCUCACAUCACUUCACUCAUUAGGCUCUGCAUGCACUAUCCUGGCUAAUGAACAAAGAGACUCAAUACUAGGAUCGUUCUCUGGGGAGGAUGAUGAGGAUGAGGUAGAUGAAGAAAUUAAACACAAAUGUAGGUUUAGACCACGCUCUAUAUCUGUAGACAGUGACCAUAGUCGACGAAUACCUCCAAAGCGAAUAGAGAAUCCUCAAAAUAUGGAAAUGACACUUAAAAUGAAAAAUGCCAUCAGUGGUAGGAUACAGUUUUCCAAAUCAAAAAUAGGAGAGAGUCCAAAAAGGACUAAACAACAGUGGGCAGAUGAUAAAGAGCAAACUCCAAAAAGGCCUCAAACAGCUAAGGCAGUGGACAAAAAGAUCACGGUGACCAAAGCGCGCCGUUCUCAAUCAGCAGAGUCACUGAGGAGUAAAGGUGAGGAUCCCACCUUACUUGAAUUAGAAAGGACUCAAAAGGAUUUAAACCAAAAGCUUCAAAAAAUGUCCAAGAAUAAAGUAGUGACAAAUACUAAAACUCCUGCAGCUAAGCCAAAUCAAAGAACCCCCAUCUUACAAUCUCCAAAACGAGUAAGGAAAAAUACAUCUCUCGACAAGAAUGUGCAAGCUACUGGAAAUAAAGAAGACCCUGUGGAUCCCAACAAGAAGAAACAAGAAAAGAAAGAGGAUGAUGAUAAUAAACCUGUUGAGACAUCCACCAAUGACAUAACUAAUGACAUAAAACUGAGCACUCCUCCUACUCCUCCAUCAUCCCCCAGGCCUUCCUCGCGCCUUUGUCGUGGCCGAAACUCUGUGAAAAAACUAAUUGACACAUUCAGCCAAGGAGUAGAAGAGCGUGAAGGCCCUAGAGUCCUCGGGCCCCUUAGGGGAGUAAAAAAAUGUGGUGUCCCUGUCCUGCCUGGGCUGGGUAAUGUGGAGGCUGUCCUCAGCAGUGGCCUCACCAGCUGUAGACCUGAGACUGAAUCUGAGAAAAAUGACUUUUUUGACCUGGACAGUUUGCCUCCACCCCCAAUCGAGGUUUUAAUGGACAAGUCCUUUGAAAGUGCUAAAAGUCUGUCAACUGGACAUUCAGAAAAUGGAGUUACUAAAGUCAACAAAUCACCUUUGCCAAAAAGAGCCAUGGUAUCACAACGACUGAAGGCUUCGGUGCAGCCAGUGACUGUGCUGCCGAGCAAAGGAGGCAUGCAGUCAUCUUCUACUAAAGUUAACAGAGAUGAGACACCUGCUUUGUCAAAGCUCAGCCAACCAGAACCCCAGCAAAAAGAAAACAAUGCCCUAUGCCAACAGACCAGAAGGAUUAUUAAUAUUAGAAGCUCUCAUGCAGAGAAACCAGCCAGUUGCAUUCCGUCAGAAACUUGUAUGAGUGAAAAUACAACUGAAAAUACUGAAAUGAAAGAAUGCAACAUUGCAGCAGUGCCUGCACCUCAGACUACAGUGUUUGCUGUGCCUCCUUCAGCUUCAGUCAGAAAUUAUCCACCUUCCACCCCACCUGCAUCUAAGACCCGAAUGUUGCCCUCCACACCCACAACCUCAAGCGUCUUACACAGAAGACUCCCAAGUCCCAGCAACCUCAGAAGACAGCCUUCACCAACCUCCUCCAGUGGCUCCUCUACAGCCAGCACUCCCCCAAACUCAGCCAUUCAGAGGAGACUUCCUAGAACACCACUGUGCAAGCAAAACAUGUUAAACUACAACUCUUACCCUUUUAAAGCACCAUCACCCCCUGCCUCUCCUAAACUACAAAGAUGGUCAAGAGAGAACAGCAGGGAAGACUUGUCCCGCAAAAUGAACAAUCCCCGCUCAGUGUUCUGCCCUGCUUCUCCAUCCCUGUUUGAAGCUCCACCAUGUCCUGUCCCCAAACCACCUGAAGCAUGGACGUCUUCUAGGGUUUCUUUUCUCUCUCGUAUGUGGGGGGGUUCGGGUCGUUUCCCUGCCAGAGGAUCUCGACCACUCAUAAGAAGAACUCAGUCAGACAGAAGGCCAAGUUUAAAUCUGCCUCCUCAAUCUUCAUCUAUCUCUUAUGCAGAGACCUGUGGAAGUGAGCCCAUGAUAUAUUCACCAGGGUUGGAUGAUGAGUCUCUGGAAGAGCUGGAUUUAUGGGGGAGCCAAUCAGAGCUACGGGCCACACUGCGCUCUGCCUCCCACCCGGACCUGUGUGUUGUGGGACAGUCUUUGCACAUGGACUAA